AUGGCCAAGGUCGUCACAUACGAAGAGCUCAAGGCACACUCUACCAAGGACAUUUACGAUGUUACCAAGUUCAUCGACGAGCAUCCAGGAGGUGACGAUGUGAUUUUGGCCGAGGCUGGUAAAGACGCAAGCCAGAUUUUUGAAGAUGUUGGCCACUCUGACGAGGCCCGUGAACUCCUCCCUCACUUCCUUGUCGGAGAUUUCGAGAAGGACGGCGCUCUGAAAAUCAGCGACACCAAGAUGUCCGGCUCUGGCGGUUCAGCCUCUAGCGCCGCCCUGAAAAUCAGUGACACCAAGAUGUCCGGCUCUGGCGGUUCAGCCUCUAGCGCCGUUGAGCAGGGUUCAAACUUGAUGUGCUUUACUGCAGUGAUGUCAUCGCUCGCCAUCGCAGUGGAAACCAUGAGCAAGAAUCUCAGCGCACCCCUGGUUCCCCCUCCUGUCUCUGACUUUGCGCGUGCCGUUGAAGUCAUCAGCGAGGCCACGUACAUGUCAGAUGAUGACAAGUUGAACAUGACACAGUUGUUCAUGAAUAACAAAGAUGAGGCCACUGCAUUUUUAUAUCUCAGGGGUGAAAAUCUGAAGGCUAAUUGGGUGCAGAGGAAGCUGGCUGCAAUUCGCUACAUGCAUAUUAAUUGA